CUUUGAAAGUUCCUCUUCAACGACCACCCUUCUCUCUCUCUCUGCAUUUCUUUAAUUUACAUCCGAAUUAGCCGACAGAUAGUCGUCAGAUACCGGUCGUUUCUAGCCGGGAAAUCGAUCAGAUUCCGGCAAUCUUCCCUCCUAGUCAACCUCAAUGAAUCCGGAAUACGAUUAUUUGUUCAAACUGUUGCUUAUUGGGGAUUCUGGUGUUGGAAAAUCAUGUCUUCUUCUGAGAUUUGCGGAUGAUUCAUAUUCGGAAAGUUAUAUAAGCACCAUUGGAGUUGAUUUUAAAAUACGUACUGUGGAACAAGAUGGAAAGACUAUUAAACUUCAAAUUUGGGACACUGCUGGACAAGAACGUUUUAGGACCAUCACUAGCAGCUACUAUCGUGGAGCACAUGGUAUCAUUGUGGUUUAUGAUGUGACAGAUCAAGAAAGUUUCAACAAUGUUAAGCAGUGGCUUAAUGAAAUUGAUCGCUAUGCAAGUGAAAAUGUUAAUAAAAUUCUAGUUGGAAAUAAGUCCGAUCUCACUGAUAAGAAAGUUGUUUCCUAUGAGACGGCUAAGGCAUUUGCUGAUGAAAUUGGUAUUCCAUUUUUGGAAACUAGUGCUAAAGAUGCUACUAAUGUGGAGCAAGCUUUCAUGGCGAUGUCUGCUGCCAUAAAGAAUAGGAUGGCAAGCCAACCAGCCAUGAACAAUGCUAAGCCUCCCACAGUUAAUAUGCGUGGGCAGCCUGUUGCACAGAAUAGUGGCUGCUGCUCGUCAUGAACACAAUGGACAAACAACUUCUGGAUCAUUGACUCUACUGCUGCAUGUGAAAGCACCUUUAUGAAGACCAACUUAAUCAAAAGACACUUGAUAGUUUAUUAUCUUUUCCGACUUUAUUCUUUUUCUGAACGUUUGUUUCAUGUACUGAUUGUACAAAUUUAUUGUAGUGGAUGAUAGAACAAUUGGUUGUAUUCGCUGUUGUCCUGUAGAUGCUUGCCAGCCCAUAUGCUAGCCAAAUAUAUGUUAAUUUGCUUGCAGCAGACUGUCAAGAAGCACAAACGUUACACGUCCUAAUAAAUAUUAACAGUGAUCCAGCCAUA